AUGCCUUUCAGAUUCCUCACGGCUGGUUUGGACCCCGUAAAAGGAAAGAAGCUCCGGUCCUCUUUGUACGAUAUACCCCCCAAGUCCUUGAAUGAUAUAUACUUGCGGGGAGAAAGCAUCAGGAGGAAGAUGGAGUCGAUCGGAGGACAUAGGAAUGACAGGAAAGAUGACCGAUAUGGUUCCCGAUCGGACAACAAGAACAGAAGAAAUGAAGGAUAUAGGGGACGAAGAGAUGAGAGGGAUGAAAAACCUGACAGGGGAGCCGAACGAAGGAGAGAUAGAGACAAUACCGUGUUCACCCCUCUGAACGCGUCUGUCUCCAAGAUUCUCAACGAGAUUAAGGGGAAACCCGGAUUUGUUCGGCCGCCGCAGAUGAAGAUUCCUGACUACAAAAAGAAUGCUGACAAGUACUGUGAUUAUCAUCGGGACAACGGGAAUAAUACCGAUGAGUGUUACCACUUGAAGAAGUUGAUAGAGAAGAUGGUUAAGGCUGGCGACCUUAACCAGUAUGUUAAAGAUUUGAGGGAUCGGUUGGGUCCCAGAGAAGAUAAGGGAAAGGCGCCCGAAGAAGGAGAAAGAUACCGAGGGGAGGUCCAAACGAUAUUUGGAGGAACAGUUCUAGACCGAAGUAGCAAAACGGCGAAAAAGAAAUACGCCCGGCAGAUCUACAGUCUCUAUCAGAUUAACUCUGCCAGACAGCCUUUCCCCAUAAUGUUCACUGAGGAAGAUUAUGACGAUGUCAUCUGGCCACACGAGGAUCCGUUGAUCAUCAAUCCCGUGAUCGGUCAGAACAAAGUCUGGAAGGUGUUGGUUGAUGGAGGAAGUUCGAUAAACGUCAUGUACUAUAACACCUAUCUGAAGAUGAAUUUGGAAGGAAAGCAGAUUGAGACUUGCCACGAGGCUCCCAUUUAUGGGUUCGACAAUCAGCCCGUUCCGAUUGAAGGUACAAUUCACUUGUUUCUUUUACUUGGCAAAUCCCCCUAUACUGUGGAAAAGCAGGUCAAAUUCUAUGUGGUUCGGGUGGAAAGCCCGCACAAUGCUAUUCUUGGGAGACCAGUCCUUACUUCCUUUCAGGCGAUUGCCUCCAUCCCUCAUCUCAAACUAAAGUUUCCGACUGAGAAGGGAGUGGGGGAGAUGAGGGGCGAUUAA